AUGGCAAAAUCUACAGGUCUAGAUAAGAUCUCAACUAAGCUAAUAAAACAGGCAGGCGAUACAAUAACUGAAUCACUUCUAGAAGUGUUUAACCUAUCUCUUAGGACAGGAAUAUUUCCAGAUGAUUGGAAAUUUGCCAAAGUGACUCCAAUAUAUAAGUCAGAAAACAAAACCUUAUGUGAAAACUAUAGACCGAUAUCAGUCAUUUCGAAUAUCGCCAAAAUAUUUGAGAAAUUAGUCUGUAGACAACUAAAUACCUUCCUGGAUAACAACAACAUAAUUGUAAAAAAUCAAUCAGGUUUCCGUCGCAAUCACUCAACCGAAACCUCGUUACUACAAUCUACUGAAAUGUGGUUGAAAUCAAUGGACCAGGGUCAAAUAAAUGGGGUUAUUUUCUUAGACCUGAAAAAAGCAUUUGAUACGAUUGAUCACCAGAUUCUAUUGUCAAAACUACAAGCUUAUGGGAUACGCGACCACACGCUCAAAUGGUUCCAAUCGUAUUUAGAUCAAAGAAAGCAAAUUUGCAUGCUAAAUAACUGUAAAUCUGAUAUUGAAACAAUUCGUUGUGGAGUACCUCAGGGUUCAAAUCUUGGACCUCUAUUAUUUCUCAUUUACAUAAACGACCUCCCAAACUGCCUAGAAACAACACAUUCUAAUUUAUUUGCUGAUGACACAAUUUUAUCAUGUCAAGGGCAUUUAUCCAUAGAUAUUGAAUACAAACUUAACAAAGACCUAGUAAAUGCUCAAAAAUGGUUAUCAGCGAAUAAACUAACAUUAAACAACGAAAAAACCAAAUAUAUGAUUAUUGGAUCUCGGCAACGAUUGAAAAACUUAGAUCACGUGCCAAAAAUCAGUAUAAACGGACAUCAAAUUGAACGAGUUUAUAAAAAGGAAGCUUUGGGUAUAGUUAUAGACGAUAGACUUAGCUGGAAUAGGCAAAAUGAAGAACAAUGCAACAAGAUAUCAAAAAAUAUUAAUCUUUUAAGAAAAGCCAAAGAUUUUGUUGGCCUAG